AUGGCACAGAUAAAACAAGCUAAAUUUGGCGUUGUUGAUAUGGAUUUUGUGUUGGGAGUGGGAGGCUACGAUCUUGACAGGUUUAUUUUAGUAUUUAAUCAUAUAUACAUAUUUUUUAAAACAGAAUGCCACCAAGGGCAUCAUCAUGAUCACAAGCAUGAUUUUGCUGUAUCCAGUGUGAGCAUUGUUUCUGAAGGAACUUUGGACCUUGAUGAGCCUGAUGGUCAGAUGCCAAGUGACAAAACCGUUGGAGGCGGUGACGAUGCCUUCAACACUUUCUUUAGUGAAACCGGUGCUGGGAAACAUGUUCCGCGUGCCGUCUUUGUUGAUCUUGAACCCACUGUUAUCGAUGAAGUGAGGACCGGAACAUACCGCCAGCUUUUUCAUCCUGAGCUCGCUUUUUUUAUUAUGGGUUCAUAUGUUUCUCAUAAAUGUUUUGUGGUGCAGUUGGAAGAGAUUGUUGACUUGUGCCUUGACCGUAUCCGCAAGCUUGCUGACAACUGCACCGGUCUCCAGGGCUUCUUAGUGUUCAAUGCUGUCGGUGGAGGAACUGGUUCUGGUCUCAGUUCUCUUCUGUUGGAGCGUCUGUCAGUUGACUAUGGGAAAAAUUCGAAGCUUGGGUUCAUUGUGUAUCCUUCACCCCAAGUCUCAACUUCAGUCGUUGAGCCGUACAACAGUGUGCUUUCCACCCACUCUCUGUUAGAGCAUACCGAUGUAUCUGUCCUACUCGACAACGAGGCUUUUUACGAUAUUUGCAAGCGGACACUUGAUAUCGAGCGUCCCACCUACACCAAUCUUAACCGUUUGAUUUCUCAGGUGAGUUCUUCGUUGACCACGUCUUUGAGGUUUGACGGAGCGUUGAACGUGGACGUUACCGAGUUCCAAACAAAUCUUGUACCGUACCCGCGUAUCCACUUCAUGCUUUCGUCUUACGCUCUGGUUAUCUCAGCUGAGAAGGCCUACCACGAGCGGCCGGCUAACAAACAUUCAUAAUUGCAAUAAUGUGUG